AUGGACCAAAUGAAGAAAGUCAUGGAGGAGAUGAAGGAGAACAUGAGGAGAACGAAUCCUAUAGAGGAUUUGGUCCACAGGACUGACUCUCCUUUUACGGCUUCCAUCAAUGGCCACCCUCUACCAUCAAAGUUCAAACUACCUUCCCUGGACUCGUAUGAUGGGACGCGUGACCCCUUUGAUUACAUUGCAACAUUCAAGACAACAAUGCACCUUCAAGGGGUCCCUGAUGAAAUCAUGUGUCGAGCCUUCCCUACUACCCUUAAAGGCCCGGCACGAGUUUGGUUCAGUAAAAUCCCCCCAAGUUCCGUAAGUUCUUUCGAAGAGUUAAGCAAAUUGUUUGUUAACCAUUUCAUCGGGGGACAGAGGCACAAGCGCUCUUCGUCCAGCUUACUGACCAUAGAACAAGGGGAGAACGAAAGCCUGCGGUCAUUCAUCACUCGCUUCAACAGAGUAGCCCUUAGUGUGGACGAGGUGGACGACAAGCUUCUACUAGCAGCCUUCCACAACGGGAUUAAUUCGGAUUUAUUUAUCCACAAGCUAUAUGAGAAGGAGCCUCAAACCAUGGCCGAGCUCGUGCUCAUGCAAAUUAAAGACGAUCCUUCUUUAAAAUGGCCAGAGAAGAUGAAAGGGGAUCCCAACAAGCGCAAUAAGAACAAAUAUUGUCGCUUUCACAGGGACCAUGGGCAUGACACGGAUGAGUGUUAUGACCUAAAACAGCAAAUUGAGAACCUUAUCAGGCAAGGAAAGUUGAAGCACUUUGUUGGAAGGGAUCGUACAGAUGAGAAGCUGAAAGGCAAAAUAGAGGAAUCAUCCCGGCCCCCACUAGGAGAGAUAAGGAUUAUCGUUGGAGGGAACCCGAUGGGGCAAUCUUCCAAGUCGAAGAAGACGUAUCUCAAAGCGGUACAAAAUGUCCAGCUCUCUGGACGAACACCAAGGACGAGAUCAAUGGACGAGCCAACCAUUUCCUUCACCGAUGAAGAUGCUGAGAGGAUCCAUCACCCGCAUGACGAUGCGAUCGUCAUUACACUGCUCAUUGCAGAUUAUACAACCAGAAGGGUGUUAGUUGACAAUGGAAGUUUAGUAGACAUAUUGUACUACCCCGCCUUCCAACAGAUGAGGCUUGGACGAGAUCAACUUCGUCCAGUAUGCUCGCCGCUGAUAGGAUUUGGAGGAAUGAAGGUGCAGCCCGUGGGUACCAUUACAUUACCAGUUGUGGUAGGGUCAUACCCGCAACAGAUAACCAAGGAAGUCAAUUUCCUCGUGGUAGACUGUACUUCUUCAUACAAUGCCAUCAUUGGAAGACCCACUCUUAAUAGUUGGAAGGCGAUAACCUCGACCUACCAUCUAUCAGUCAAAUUCCCUACGGAGUACGGGAUAGGACAAGCACAAGGAGAUCAGUUGGCAGCUAGAGAAUGCUACUUAGCCAUGAUGGCUUUGGACGAACAGGUGCAGACAAUGAGCAUUGAGGAAAGAAGAGUUAUUGCAAAGCCCACGGAAGUGUUGGAAAAUGUUCUUUUGCAAGAAGAUGAUCCUGAGAAAUUUACCAGAAUUGGAACAGGUAUGAAGGAGAAGGCAAGAGAAGACCUCAUCCAAUUCCUGAGAAAAAGUAUCGACAUAUUUGCAUGGAGUCAUGACGACAUGCCAGGAAUCGACCCAAGUGUGAUCACUCAUCGAUUGAAUGUGUACCCCUUUUUUAAGCCUAUCCGUCAGAAGAAGAGGGUAUUCGCUCCCGAGAGGGACAAGGCAAUCAAGGAAGAGGUUCAAAAACUGACCACGGCAAAGUUCAUUAAGGAAGUCUAUUACCCGGAUUGGUUAGCCAAUGUGGUGAUGUUGCUGAGCUUCAUGGAUGCCUUCUCAGGAUAUAAUCAGAUCAAGAUGGAUGAAGCCGAUCAGGAAAAAACUUCCUUCAUUACCAGCCAAGACUUGUUUUGCUACAAAGUGAUGUCCUUCGGCUUGAAGAACGCAGGGGCAACUUAUCAAAGGUUAGUGAAUCAUAUGUUUCGUCCACAAAUAGGACGGAAUGUGGAGGUUUAUGUCGACGACAUGCUUGUGAAGAGCAUAGACAAGGGAAGCCAUCUAGACGACCUACAGGAAACCUUUGAAACACUUCGGCAAUAUAAGAUGAAGUUGAACCCAAGCAAGUGUGCAUUCGGAGUAUCGUCGGGAAAGUUUCUGGGGUUCAUGGUCUCGCAAAGAGGAAUUGAGGCAAAUCCGGACAAGAUCCAGGCUAUAUUGAACAUGGAGCCACCGAAGAAUAUCAAGGAAGUCCAAUCCCUCACAGGACGAGUUGCCGCUUUGAACAGGUUUGUUUCGAAAGCCACAGAUAAGUGUUUACCUUUCUUUAAAGUCCUCAGGAAGGCAUUUGAGUGGACGGACGAAUGCCAAAGGGCCUUCCAAGACCUGAAGGACUAUCUCACAACGGCCCCAUUAUUAAGCCCAUCCGUGCAAGGAGAAGAACUGUACUUAUACUUAGCGGUGUCCCCACACGCCGUAAGUUCAGCUUCAAUCAGAGAAGAGGGGAAAAUACAAAAACCGGUGUACUACACUAGCCGGGCACUCAGAGGAGCAGAGGGAAGAUAUCCGCUCAUGGAGAAAUUGGCUUUUGCACUGAUAACGGCUUCUAGGAAGUUAAGACAUUACUUCCAAGUUCAUGUCAUCAAUGUCAUGACAGACCAUCCGCUUAAGAAGGCAAUGAACAAGCUGGAAGCCGCAGGACGACUGAUUCAGUGGGCAGUUGAACUUAGUGAAUUCGACAUUCGGUACCAACCGAGAAAUGCAAUAAAGGCUCAAGCCCUAGCAGAUUUCAUCGCAGAGUUCACUCCAAGUUACGAAGACCUGGGGGAAGGAGAAUACAACAACAAAUGGGUCGUCCAUGUAGAUGGAUCAUCUACAUUAUAUGCUGGAGGAAUAGGAGUUGUUUUGCAGUUGCCAGAAGGGGACAAAUUGAAAUACAAGGCCCGUCUGCAAUACCAGACUACUAACAAUGAAGUGGAGUAUGAAGCCCUUUUAAAGGGGUUGGAACUGGCCAAAUCUAUAGAAGCAGACUCAAUACUUGUCCUGGGAGACUCUCAACUGGUCAUAGGCCAAGUCAAUGGAACAUGUGAAGCCAAGGAAGACAAAAUGAAGAAAUAUCUAAGGAAGGUAGUACGCCUUGUGAAGAAAUUCAAAAAAGCAGAUUUUGUUCAAAUCCCAAGGAAAGAGAAUGUGGAGGCAGAUACUCUGGCAAAGGAAGCAUCUGCGAAUGAGGCGUUGGACGAUAUGGAUGAUGUACACUACAUGCCAAGUAUAGACCUUCCAGAACUGAUGCAGAUAGAGGGAGAAGGAAAUUGGAUGACCCCAAUAGUGUCCUACUUAAAGGACGGAAGGCUUCCAGAAGAGAAGGACGAAGCUAGGAAGCUCAGGGUCAAGUCAGCCAGGUAUGUGCUUAUAGACGAGGUGUUAUACAAGAGAGGUUUUUUCCAGCCUCUCUUAAGAUGUUUGGCUCCGGACGAAGCAAAUUACAUGUUGAGGGAGGUUCACGAAGGAGCAUGCGGGAACCAUUCGGGAGCCAGAUCACUCGUCCAUAAAGUCAUCCGUAGCGGAUUCUAUUGGCCAACCAUCCAAGCUGAUGCUAAAGCAUAUGUCAAAGUAUGUGAUCAAUGUCAACGCUUCAGCAACAUUCCCAGACAACCAGCAGAAUAUCUCACGCCAAUGAUGGCCCCUUGGCCUUUCGCGCAAUGGGGACUAGACAUUUUGGGGCCCUUUCCGACUGGAACUCGGCAAAUGAAGUUUCUGGUGGUGGGAAUAGACUACUUCACAAAAUGGGUGAAAGCUGAACCCUUAGCCAAAAUUACGCAGCAGAAUGUCAAGAACUUCGUCUGGAAGAACAUUGUAUGCAGAUUCGGAGUACCUAGAGUACUAGUGUCUGACAAUGGACGACAGUUUGACAACACACCUUUCAGGGAAUUUUGUGAACAGCUAGGAAUGAAGAACCACUACUCCUUACCCUCCCACCCACAGGCCAAUGGCCAGGCAGAAGUAGCGAACCGAUCCUUGCUGAAGAUCAUCAAGACUCGGCUCGAAGGGGUAAAGGGAAUAUGGCCGGAUGAAUUACCAGGUGUUUUAUGGGCUUAUAGAACGACAGCGAGAACUCCAACAGGAGAAACUCCUUUUAAACUAGCCUACGGAAGCGAGGCAGUUAUACCAGCAGAAGUACACAUGACGAGCCACAGGGUGAGGAAGUAUCAAACUGAAGAAAACAAGGAACAGCUCCGUCUUAACCUUGACCUUAUGGACGAGGUCAGGAUGGAUGCAGAACAGAGGACAGCAAGAUUGAUCCGCAAAAAGAAAGCAAGCAUGGACGAAUGA